UGCUUGUCGUUCGACAGAUUAGCUUUUUGCUUCAGGCAGUGUCUGUUUCCUGUUCCUUCAGAGUGUGGCAACGACUGGCAGUAUUCCAGGCACGAGUAGCAAUGAAGCCCGCGGCGCUAAGGCCGUCGCGGUCCACGUUUGUGUAACAAUACAGCAAGAAGCUGACUUUUCUGUUUGAAAACUCAAAAUGGCCGUGGUCGAGCGGAAGCUCGGCAAGUGCUGCAUUUGUUUUCCGCUCCAGAACGGCGUGGCGAUACUGACGUUCAUCUUUUUUUUUCUCGGACUGUGGUCUUUCCUGGUCCUGUUUCUCGAAGACGCGCGACUGCAGUUCAAUGGCGCAUUUAUUGUCAGCACGGAUUUCGCCUCGUCGCUGCAAAAAUUGGAGCCGUUUGUUGCCGCGGGAUAUCUGCUCACAGCGCUGGUCGGGUUCAUAGGCGUGGUGGACGAGAAGGUUUGGCAAGUGAAUGUCUUUCUCUACUACAUGGGUUUCCACGUGUUCGUCAUCUACGUGCUGGUCUUCGCGCUGGACAUGUACGGACUAGCCUACUACUGCAAAAAUGCAAACACCUCCGCCUCCGACACCUCCGCGCUCCUCCCGGUCAGCGAACGAAACAUGAGCUUGCAAGCACUGCAGUCCAAAAACCUCUGCGCAGACGCAAGAACAGCGUACACGAUCGGAUUUCUGCUGCAAAUGCUGCUCAGGGUAAGUAGAAACUAAUUUUAUAGUACAACCGUACUUACUUUUUUGCGCUCAGGCUCGUCGUCUUUUUCUUGAUUUUCAUUUCAUCUCGGUGAGGAGAGAGGUUUCCAUUUUCUGCAAAUUUUAAUGUGCUAGUGUCCCUGUCACGUGCGUAAUUUUAUCUAUGUCGUGAGGUCCUCGAAGUAGAUAGACCACACCAUCCAUUAUACAGGUGUAUUUUUUCCUGGUGAUUCGCAAGUAUGCGAAGAAAAUCUCCACGUCGAUUCCGUACCCCAUCGCGUUCGAACAGACCUAUACGGAGAGUGUGGAGGUGGAUAUUCCGAGCAAUGUAGGCGACUUCGCCAGGAAUAGAAAGGAGCAACUGUUCGAGCAAAACAUAAUCGCGGACAUGCACCGAAAAGACGACGAUUACAUACAGAAAAUGCUCAAAGAGUACGGAACGCAAAAAAGCGAUAAAUACGGCACCAAUGCCAAUCAAGAAUGAUGAAAAACUACUUGCGGGAAAGCUGCCUUUUCUCAUAUUUCUGCUCUUUAUUCGCUCAAGCUGAUUUCCUGCGGAAACGAUCCGAGCGACGUGAUAUUUAAGGCUCGCAAUUUCUGUGUCUGAAGGAAGAUGACAAAAGCGACAAUUUUUGUUGGAACAAACUGAUGUUCGUCUUGCCUGAAGCGUGCAU